AUGACUGAAGACUUAAAAGAGACUUUUGAUGGAUAUUUGAACUUUGAUUUUUCUAAUUUUCAUAAUAUGAUGGCUGAUGCCUUCAUCGAUGAAAAUGAUGAUCCUUCAGAAGAGAUAAAUCAAGAUUGCAUAAAAUAAAAGAAAAAAGGAAUACCUGGACCAUAUCUUAGAACACCUCAGAUUGAAUUUGAGCGUACAAGAUGUUAAUGAAAAAUAGAAUAGGGCGAUAGAGCUGAACAUAUUUAUUAUGAUUAAGAUUCAGAAAAUAUUUCUAAUUAUUCAAAAUUCAAUUUGUUGGCUAAUUUGGAUUUUGAAUUAGAAGAAGAGGAAGAAAUUUAGAUGAGAAAGAGUUCUAAAUGCACAAAAAAAAUAUCACUUUUUUCACCAUCAAUUCAUAAUGAUGAUGAAUAAAAAAUUACUAUGAUUAAUGUAUAAAAUAUAGACAUUUUGAAAGAAGAUUAUGAUUUAGAUGAUUUUUAUAAAUUCUUAACUACUUUAGAUUUCUUAAAUGUAUAAAAUAAUUAAAGAAUUGAAGAAUAGGAUUCAUAAUUAACAUCAAUAUAAGUAUUAAUGUAAAUUAGAUAAUAAUUUGAAAGCUUAAUUGAAAUGCUUAUUUUAAAGACUCUUAAAUUUCAAUCGAUAAGUUUCAAUUAAAAAUUAAAUCAAUAUUAAUCUAUUUUGGAACAAUUCAUAUCAUCAAUAAAUUAAAUUAUUGAUUCUAGAGAUACAAUUAAUAAUUCAAAUUCAAUAAUUGCAGUAGCAUUCUUUAAAGGGUUAUAGUUGAUGGAAUUAUUUAAAGCAUUGCUCAUGUAAAAGUUUUUUGUUGAAUAGUAAAAAAAAUUAAUGCAAGCAAAAAAAAUAUUAAGAUCGCACUGGAUAACUAAAUCUAUAUUAUUAAAAUCUAAAGGAGAUUAUGAACCACAUAUCAAAAGAGAUAAAGAAUAAAGAUAAUCUUUAUAAAUAAUCCCUCAAUAAAUAAAUUGGGGAGAUUUAAAAUUUUAAGAAUAAACUUAUCUUUGUAGGAAUAAAGCAGCUAACCGAUUUAACUUUAAAGGCUUAAACAAAUAUUUUGAAUAGGUAUCUGAAAAUAAAAUGACAGAAGCUUGUUUAGGGAAUGAGAGGGUAUGUAUGUUUUAAGGAAUAAAAAGGAGAAGUUAAUAAACACAUUAGAAAUAUCAUGAAUUCAAAAACGAGAAUGAUUAUUACUAACAAAAGUUAUGA